AAACCAUUUUAUAAAAUGCUGCAUUAUCAAUUCACCAUUUUCAUUCUUUUUGCCUAAUAUAUUUAUAUUUUUCUCCCCAGAAUUCUCUUGUCCCAUCACAUAUCACCAAGCUUCAAUAACCAAAUCCCAUGGCUACGAAGAAUGGUAAUAAUAAUCAUCAGCAUUAUGAUGAGCAAGAAGGAAAGCCUCUUCCAAAGUUUGGUGAAUGGGAUGUGAAUGAUCCGGCUUCUGCAGAAGGAUUCACUGUUAUAUUCAACAAGGCCAGAGAUGAGAAGAAAACUGGUGGAGCUUCUGGAAGACACAAUUCUAGAAGAUUCGAUUCCAAAUCAAAGCGCAAACAGGAUCAACAAAAGACUGGCCUUAAAAAGUGGUUCUGCUUUGGACCUUAAGACAACAUUUGAAGGUUAUUGUAUCUAUAUAUAGGGAUAUGGUUUAUGAUGCUAUGCAUGCUAGCACCUUAUUAACUUCAUAUGAUUCUGGGCAUCAUCUCUUUAUUUGUGAGGAGGCUAUGGAAGUUGAAGUACAAAAGAAAC